CUCGUUUGGGGCGUAGAGUCAGCAGUUUCUAGCAGUAGUUAGUGGGGGACAGCACGAACAGUUCUGUUUGUUUCACCGAUCCCGCGUGACAAUUCCUACUUUACCCUCCGUGCCGACUCAUCUCUUUCGCUUCCCUUUAGCAGUCAAGUGAACAUAGACCUGGUAUUUCACAGUCCUACUGUGACGUUCAGUUUCUCUCAUAUUAUACUAUAUCUGAAACACAGAUUUACUGGCCAAACUGUGCAUCAUGUCCUCGCUUCCUCCUGUCUACAUUGUUUCAGCGGCCCGGACUCCUGUGGGCUCAUUCUUAGGCUCCCUCUCAAGCCAGACUGCCCCGCAGCUAGGCUCUCAUGCGAUCAAAGCUGCCCUCAGCAAAGCCGAUGGCAUCAAGCCAUCGGAUGUUCAGGAAGUAUUUUUUGGCAAUGUCCUCUCUGCGAAUGUUGGCCAGAAUCCCGCUCGGCAAUGUGCUCUUGGGGCUGGGCUCGAAGAGUCGACGGUGUGUACCACGGUCAACAAGGUUUGCGCUUCCGGUCUAAAAGCAGUCAUCCUUGGAGCCCAAACCAUUAUGACCGGUAACGCUGAUAUUGUUGUGGCCGGUGGCGCUGAGUCCAUGUCGAACGCCCCGCACUACCUCCCAAAUCUUCGCACUGGUGCCAAAUAUGGUCAUCAAAACUUGGUGGAUGGUAUAAUGAAAGACGGCCUGACUGAUGCGGGCAAGCAAGAGCUUAUGGGGCUUCAAGCUGAAGAAUGUGCACAGGACCAUGAUUUGAGUAGGGAACAGCAAGAUGAAUAUGCUAUCCGUACUUAUCAAAAAGCCCAGGCUGCACAGAAAGCGGGUCUUUUUGAUGAUGAGAUUGCACCCGUUGAACUGCCUGGAUUCAGAGGCAAGCCAGGUGUCACUGUGUCUCAGGACGAGGAGCCGAAGAAUCUCAAUCCCGAGAAGCUUCGGGCCAUCAAGCCUGCUUUUAUCCCAGGUUCUGGAACUGUCACAGCUCCUAACUCUUCCCCUUUGAAUGACGGGGCUGCAGCUAUCGUUCUGGUGUCAGAGGCGAAGGUGAAAGAGCUUAACCUCAAGCCCAUCGCUAAAAUUCUUGGAUGGGGAGAUGCUGCUCACCAGCCAAGCAAAUUCACUACUGCCCCAGCUCUCGCGAUCCCCAAGGCACUUGCACAUGCAGGCGUUACUCAAGAUUCUGUGGAUGUAUUCGAGAUCAAUGAGGCAUUCAGCGUGGUUGCCCUUGCUAAUAUGAAACUGCUCAACAUCCCCGAAGAGAAGGUUAAUAUCCACGGCGGUGCUGUUGCAAUUGGUCAUCCUAUUGGUGCUAGUGGUGCUCGUAUUUUGACCACCUUGCUUGGUGUUCUCAAAGCUCAGAAAGCCAAGAUUGGAUGUGUGGGAAUUUGCAACGGAGGGGGUGGUGCGAGCGCCAUGGUCGUCGAAUCACUUAUCUAAUGCUUGAAAAUCUAGGGCUAGUGAUUCUGAAGCUCAUGAUAAUCUUUGUUCAAAAGGAGAUUCAUCAGAAACACCCGCGCGGACAUGCUCACAAUGCAUGCUCCAGUCACAUAUCUUGAUGAGGAUAAAAGAUAUCACAUAGCACUAUGUAUCUAUCAGGAGAUAACGCCCGAUUUGCGCCGUGCUUGACCUCAACUGUCAAUUCAUUUGCAGGUUUUUUUCCUGCUUUACAAGGGUUUGCUUGGGUUGCUACAUCUUUGACUAGUCAUUCAUGUGACAUUGCCGUACUUAUAGUAUCAUUGGCUUCGUAUCGGCUCACGGGUACCCGAAACACCAG